GGUAUGGUGUAAUUAGUGUGUUUCUAGUAAAAAUGAUAGCAGUUUGGAAAAUUUUGUUAGUGUUAGGAUGUGCGACAUGUGUAUACUCAGACUGUGUGAUGCUUCACCAUUGCCCGAAGGAUAGUGACCACCUCACAACAAACUGCGCUGAACCUACACCACCCGAAUCAUUGAAGAGCACAGAUCCUGGAUAUGACAAUGCUAUAUCAUCAAUUAUUGAAUUUUGUGGCCAUGUUGAUGAAGUAGCAAAUGUGGCUUUAAAUGGAAGUGGCCUUUGUUGCGACAUAGAGCAAAUAGAAACGAUGGCAGAAGGUUUCAAGAUCGCAUCCAAUGUCUAUUCCAGAUGUGCGACCUGUCUCAAGAAUAUACAGGCACACAUCUGUAUGUUCUCGUGUUCCCCCUUUCAGGACUCGUAUCUUGACAAUGUUGUAAAAGGUAAAGCGGCCGAUGGUAUAUCGGAGUACGUCGUAAAAGUUGAAAUGCAUCUAACCGAAGAAUACGUCAAUGUUACCUUUGACUCCUGCAAAAAUGUCUCCAUACCUUCAACGGGUGACAACAAUUUGCAUUCCACGUGCUAUCCUUACGGUAAAGUCAACUGUAAUCCUGAAAGAUGGUUCCAUUAUAUGGGUCACAGUGGUAUGGGACCAUUGGAUAUGGACUAUAUAAUACAUAGUAUGGACAAUACAACUGUCAUGAAUUAUCCAGCCAAACCGUGCGGUGAAAUCUAUGACGGACUCGCACCUUGCAGUUGUACCGAUUGUUUUACUGCUUGUGCAACAUUUGAUUAUAAGGAGUUGGAAGAUCUUUUUGAAUAUCUGACGUUAUAUCUGAGUCUCGCCUAUACUAUAUUAGCAUUGGUGACAGCAGCGUUCGUGGUAUACUUAUUUAAGGGCAAAGUUAGCGGCAGUAUUCCUAUAGGAGAAAAGUUAAAUGAGUUCUUGGAAAAAUUGUUUACAGACUUUGGAAAAUUUGUAUUUAAUCAUCGUAAAAUAGUGCUAGCGAUUGCGGUUAUAAUAAUUAUCGGAUUAUCCUGUGGUACAUUCUUUAUGAAAAUUACUACCGCCCCUGUCGAAAUUUGGGCUGCUAGUACCAGUAGAAGUCGUCUAGAAAAGGACUAUUUUGAUACCACUUUCAAUCCAUUUUAUAGAACCAAUCAAGUGUUCAUUAAAACGAAAAAUAUCGAACCCUUUAAUUUUAAUAACACAGGAGACAUUAUUACUUUGGGUCCGGCAUUCAACGCCACAUUUUUAAAAGAAGUAUUUAAAUUACAACAAGGAAUAGAAAAUAUAACUUAUGAUUCGGAAAAUGGAUUGGAGAAGAUAUGUUACGCGCCAUUACGAACGCCUUUUACUGAAACUGAAACGAUAAACGAUUGUACUAUUAUGUCUCUUUUGGGAACAUUACAAAACGAUUACGACGCGAUAGAGAAUAACACUGAGGAAAGCAUUUCAAAAAUUUACACUUGUUUACAGUCGCCAUACAGUCUUAGCUGCUUGGCUCCAUAUGGAGGGCCAGUUCUACCCGGUUUGGUCAUGGGAGGAGGAAUCAGUCCCACAUAUCAAGAUGCUUCUGCAGUCAGUUUAACUUUUUUAACUGCGAAUAGUAUAAAUACAGAUGAGUUGGUGAAUACAAUGGAGUGGGAAAAAAGAUUUAUUGAAUACAUGAAAGAAUGGCAAGCAUCAAGAGAAGAAGAUGACAUACUCGAAGUAGCAUUCAGCGCAGAAAGAUCUAUCGAAGAUGAAAUCGACAGAGAAUCAAGAGGAGAAGUGUCAACUGUGGUUAUAAGUUACGUCGUUAUGUUUGUUUACAUUGCCGUGGCAUUAGGAAGAUUUAAUUCCUUUACUAACCUCUUGAAAGAGUCAAAAUUAUCACUUGGUAUUGGAGGAAUAUUCAUCGUGUUGGGAUCCGUUGGUUGUUCUUUGGGUAUCUGUGGCUACAUUAACCUACCGACCACAAUGCUGACAAUAGAAGUAAUACCUUUCUUAGUGCUUGCUGUCGGAGUCGACAAUAUUUUCAUUAUUGUACAAAAUCACCAAAGAACUAAACGCCUUGACAAGCCUCUAGUAGAUAGAAUAGGUGAAACUAUGGGCAAAGUAGGUCCUAGUAUGUUGUUGACUAGUGCCUCUGAAAUAUUUUGUUUCGGGAUCGGUGCGCUUUCCAACAUGCCUGCGGUUCAUACUUUCGCCAUGUACGCAACAAUUGCAGUUCUAUUCAAUUUAGUUUUACAACUUACAGCCUUUGUGGCAUUAUUAGCUCUAGAUGAAAUCAGAUACGAGAGCAACAGGUGGGAUGUGUUUUGUUGCAUACGAAGUGAUAAUACCAAGCCUAGUCCUGAGACUCCCGAAUUAAUAUAUCGUAUCUGGAAUUAUUUAACACCUAAACUUAUGAUAAAAUAUGUGAAAAUUAUUGUUAUUCUGGUGUUUUUCGCAUUGUCAGCGGUCAGUAUAUACGUGUUACCAAGUGUCGAAUUGGGAUUAGAUCAAGAAUUAUCUAUGCCAACAGACAGUCAUGUUUUGACUUAUUUUAAGUUCAUGAAGGAACUGAUGGGGGUUGGACCCCCGGUGUACUGGGUAAUUCGUGGCAACAUUGAUUAUUCGUUAGACGACGUUCAAAAAAAAUUAUGCGGUGGAACUGGAUGUAAUAAUGAUUCCUUAGCUAUCCAAUUAUUUACAGCUUCCUUAGAAUCGGACAAAACAUAUUUAGCGGUUCAAGCUACCUCAUGGGUGGAUGACUUUAAUGACUGGAGUGUGUCUCCAAAUUGUUGCAAAUAUGAUAAGGAUACUGGUGAUUUUUGUCCCCACGGAAACGAGACAUGCGGCGUGUGCGCAUUUGAUAAUAUGGGUAUGACGAAAGAAGAGUACUUUUACAAAUUCAUGCCGUAUUUUCUUAUGGAUAAUCCAAACGACACAUGUGCGAAAGGAGGUCAUGCUGCCUAUUACGGGGGAGUUACAUAUACAAAUGACGAUAACGGGACGACGAAGAUCAUUGCUACCAAUUUUAUGUCAUACCACACAAUCCUAAAAAAUUCGGCGGACUACAUAAAUGCGCUGAGAUAUGCCAGAAAUAUGGCUGACGAAUUGACUAAAGCUAUUAAUAUUGAGGGGGUCGAAGUUUUCCCUUACAGUGUGUUUUACGUGUUCUACGAACAAUAUUUAGAUAUAUGGCAUGAUGCAUUCACGUCACUUGCAUAUUCUUUAUUGGUAGUAACUCUGGUGUCAUUUAUUUUGACCGGAUUUGAUAUUUUUUCGUCCCUCGUUAUUUUAUUAAUUGUUCUUAUGAUAUUGUUAAACAUGUUUGGGUUAAUGUACUUCUGGAAAAUUACUUUAAAUGCAGUUUCCCUAGUUAAUUUAAUAAUGAGCGUUGGAAUUGCAGUAGAAUUUUGUGGACAUAUAGUACACUGCUUCUCAAAAUCAGACGGGAAAACAGAUGAGGAGAAAGCUAUUGAUGCUUCAAUAAAUAUGGGAAGCUCUGUUUUCUCUGGUAUCACACUGACUAAAUUUUCCGGAAUAGUCGUGUUAGCAUUUGCAAAAUCUCAAAUAUUCAGAAUAUUUUUCUUCAGAAUGUAUCUUGGAAUGGUAAUCAUAGGAGCACUUCAUGGUUUAAUAUUUUUACCAGUUCUGCUUAGUUUGGGAGGUUCAAUAAAAUACCCAAGGAAGAAAAAUAACUGACAUUUACGACUCAUAAUUUUUAAUUUACCAAUGAAUAUUUGUAUUAAUUAUAAGUUAAUUAAAUUUAGUAAUAAAAUAUUUUUAUUAAAACAUGUUUAUUAAAAAUGUU